UCGUAUUAUUUUCAGAGGAUGGCUCGAAGCGCUCAUAGUAAGCAGUUCAAGCGCUUGCAAGGGAUCAAGCGAAAGCGCAACGCUAAGAAAGAACUACAGAAGUUGAAAGCUUUGACAGCGAAAGCAUCGAUUGAGGAAAAGAAUGGGGCAGUUACGAUCCCGAACGGUCUACUUGUGAAUCACCCGAGGUAUUAUCAAAGAGUUGCGGAAGAACUGGAAGAAAAGAAUUUGAAAAUGGAUGCCGAUCAGUCGAAAGACUCGGAACAGACGAUGGAAAUCGACACGUGCAAACUCAAGAAUAAACGCGUCAUGAAAAAGAAUGGUGCAUACCCUGCCUGGGUGUCUUCGGAGAGAAAGAAAAAAUUUCGAAAAAGUCGUCUUGCCGCAAAAGCAUUGAAGAAGAAGAAGAUGAUUAAAUCUAAAUGA